GGAAAGACUCCAGUUGAUACUUCCAUUUGACAAGAGAGGGAGCUGAACUGGACAUGCAUGUCGUUUCUUAUUCCAAUACCGAGUACAUGCACGACGACUUACGACAAUUUCCGUCUAGAUGGGGGAGAAACAGGACGGGUAUCCAUUCCAAAAGCAUACGAUCACAGCCUUGUCACCAACCCUGCCAGACACCGCUCUUCUCAUCAUACAAACGUACCGUAUUUAUUCACCAUCAUGGGAGGAGCCACAUUUCAUACCACCGGCUGUUGAAGUAACCAUGUGUCACUUUUACAAAGUUCUGCGCAAGAAAAUUUUUAUGAUAUCCCUUUACAUAGUCACAUCUUCUUAUAUUAAAAUGUAUUGCAUUUUCUUGACAUUUCUUUAUAUAUCUUUAUAUUUUUUAACAUGUCUACACACUUCUUCCUAUUUCGUUAGGUACGUUUCUUGGCAUAUAUUUCGUAUAUACACUGCCUUGUGUACAUGUACAUAUCCCAUAUAAGUAUACUACUCAUCAUCAUCAUACAUCCUCUGACGUUGCCAUGUUGUCGUGCGAGACCAAAUAUCCAUCUCACGUUAUCCACGUUAUCACCGCACACAAAGCAGUCCGUCCAUCAACAUCCUUCCACUUUUUUCACCAUCCACAAAAAAAAGGAAAGAAUUUUUCGUGGCGUCAAUAGAUUCACGACGCAAAUAAUACGACUCGAAUAGAA